AUGGACUCAAUCCCCUGUACCGACGAGCGCUGCUUCCACGCCGGCUACACAAACGCAUCAUCGCUGAUCCGGGAACUGCCGAUGCAGGAUUUUCUGACGCACCAGCCAUUCCUCUGGAAGAACAUCGAUAUCGCUGCGUCCCUCGCGAACGGAGUCACCCCUUCUACGGUGAUCGCGGGUGACCGCGGCAGCCAAUUGGCCUACGCCGCCAUGAUGCGCGGUAUGGCCGCGGGGAACAUGGCUACUCUCAAGGGGUCCGAGGACGUCAAUCAAGUCAAGACGGUCUUCUCGUGGUACCUAGCCUGCAUGUCCUCGGCCGCUCUGUCCGAAACCAACCACGCGACUCUGCUCCUGAAGCCUCGGGCGGUCACGUCCAACGAAGGGACUCACCCUUGCCGAAACUCCAGCUGCCCUCAUCUCGAUCAAGAUCAAGCGUUUGAGAAGAUGGGCCUGCUCGAAUUCCUCCUUCAUCAGCCGGUACUCUACUCCAACCCGGCUGCCGCGACGGCCACCUUCAACCGAGCCGAUGCUUCGGGUCUGUACGAGCCCGCACCCUACAACUUCCCCUUCCUGUCCCGCUGGAACAAGACCAUGGCAGCGGGCGAAAUCGCCAACGUCUCCAAUUCGACUGAUGUUCAGCACGCCAGGGCAGCGGUCGAGGCCUACCUCAGCUACAUGUCGAACGCCAGUCAGGCUGACAUCAACUUCCUGGAAGUCGAUCACGACACCUUGAGCAUGGACGUCAAGACCGGGCAUGAUGAGGAGGAUCUUGAUCACCGGGCAUUCUGA